AUGAAGGGUGUCAGUCACCUCACUGGGAUGAUGCAGCCCUAUUUGGAGCCCGCAGAGGAUAGAGAGACUGUUGACCGUCAGCUGAAUGCUUUCCGUAAGCAUAAGCCACCUUCUUUUGAUGGAUCCUACGAUCCCAUCGCUGCUGCGAGAUGGAUUCAGACCUUGGACAAGAUCUUCAGAGUUAUGCAGUGCACUGACCCGCAGAAGUUAAUGUUUGCGACUUACAUGCUGGAGAGAGAUGCUCAUGAGUGGUGGAUGAACAUCUCUCAAGUCUACGAGAUGCAGGAGAGGAAAUAUGGGGAGUUUGAUCAAUUGGUGCAAGGCUCGUUGACUGUGGACGAGUACUUGGCUCAGUUCAAUGAACUGGCCAAGUUUGCAUAUUUUCGUAUUGCUAUGCCUACCUCGACCUUUUUGGCUUCUAAGUUCCGUAGGGGACUUAAUGAGGAGAUUGCGGAUAGGAUUGUUGGAGCUGCAUCCAGAGAUUUUGGCAUAUUGGUUCAACAGUGCAUUGACAUUAAGGACGCCUGCACUGUGAGUAAGGUCAAGAAGGCCAAGUUAUCUGAGAUUAAGGGAACUGGUGGUUCCACUUCAUGA